AUGCGCUGCGUUUUUCUGGCUCUUUCGGUGGUUGGUGUGGCCAGUUCCGACGCAUUCGGCAAGAAGAACCUCGCCGCGGCGCAAAGAGAUCUGGAGCUCGGUGAGGGCAAGCAGUGGAACACCGCAACACCCGAAGAGGCACAAAAGCUGAUGGACGAGGAGGCUGCCUUGUAUGCCCCAAAGAUCAAUUGCGCGUUUACUCCGAGUAGCCCGAUCGGCUUCGCGGCAACUGGUAAGAGCCAGACAGAGUGCGGCGAACUGUUUGGGAAGUCCUUUACAGGCAUCAGUACUCACAAAGGCUGGAAGUGUGAUUGGGCCGUGGCCGAAGGCAGUGGCGGGAAGACGGUUAUCGCUUGGUGCCCUUUCAAGUACACCCUGGAUUCAACGGGGGAAGUAGUCUCCAGCACCAGCAUGCUCAAGUACGAGUUCGACGAUGAAGGAUUGAUCGUCGGGUACUUCCAGGAUUUUGAUACCUCCAAGUUUGCCAACGCUGCUCCGAGCCUCUCUCUCCCAGCCUCGUCCACGACGAGCUUCAUGCCAAUGCUCGCAGUGAGUGCAGUCCUCGGGAGUGCCGCUGUAGUCGUGGGGCUGGUGAGGGUGUUGCAGCGGAAGCCUGAGUCACUGUUGAACGGCUACGAGGGUCUUGCUGCAUAG